AUGGAGCUCGAUAAGUUGAGAAAUAAUGGUUGGAAUGAUUUUAUACAGAGUGUGCAAUCAUUUUGUGAAGAACAUGAUCUUAACAUGCCUGAUAUGGGUGCUCGUCAUACAAUAGGCACUCGCCGUUCUUGUCAACAAAGAGAUUGUAUCAUAGUUGAGCAUUAUUAUCAUAUUAAGGUAUUCAACGAGGUAAUAGAUUAUCAGUUGGGGGAGUUAAAUACUAGAUUUCCAGACGAGACUGUGGAACUCCUUUCUCUUAGCUCAGCAUUAGAUCCUCGUGAUGCUUUUAAGAGAUUUAACAUUGAUGAUAUAUGCACUCUUGCUGAGAAAUUUUACCCUUUAGAUUUCAAUACAACUGAGUUGCAUGCUUUAAAUCAGCAAUUGAGAUUUUAUAAGAUUGAUAUGGAUCGCAUUCAAGCCUUCAAGAAUAUUGAUUCCAUCCCUAUAUUACUUGAGCGCUUAAUUGAAACAAAAUUAGCAGAAACAUACUACUUGAUUGACAGAUUGAUUCAUUUGGUGCUAACUCUUCCUGUGUCUACAGCAACAACAGAACGAGGAUUUUCAUGUAUGAGACUUAUUAAAAAUCGGCUUCGGAAUAAGAUAGGUGAUGAGUUUCUUGCUGAUUGUAUGCUACUUCAUAUUGAAAGAGAAUUAGCUGAUAAUAUAGAUAAUGAAUCAAUAAUUAGUGAUUUUAAUGCUGUGAAGACUCGAAGAGUGCAACUUAUAUAG